AACAAACGCUAGGACGAUAUUGUCGUUGUAGCGCAGCUACUUAUUUAAUUUAUAAUUGAGCAACAAUGUCUUCAGUUGAGUAUUUGAGAGAGUUUGUGAACGAGCGGUUGACUGCUGCUGCUGAGGAAAUAUUUAGAGUUUUUCGGAACUCUAUCGUCCAGUAUGAGGAGGAGAUCCACCGGCAGCGCACACUCUUGGAUGUCGUUUGGAAACCCGAAAUAAAGAUACACAGGAUAGAGCUCCUACAGCAACAUGUCUGUAAGGAGGAGGACCAGGGGCUCUGUAUUCAGGAAAGGAACUCCGUUCUGGAUCAGGAGGACCCAGAGUCUCCACAGAUCAAAGAGGAACAGGAGGAACUGUGCAUCAGUCAGGAGGGAGAGCAGCUUGUACUGAAGCAGGAGACUGAUGCCUUUAUGUUGACUCCUGCUCAUGAGGAAAGUGACCACAAUGAGGAUCUGACUCUGAACUUCAGUCCUAAUAACACCCUCAGUGCAGCACAGAAAGAGUCUGUAGUCAAUAUAGCAGUUAAAAGUUCUGUGCGAUCAGAAGCAGGAAGUGACCACCAGCUCCUCCCUCACGACACUCAUGUAGCUGAGAGCCAAGAUCAGGAAGGAGGCGAUCAUGGAGACUCAGGAUCAACUACAGACGCAGAGCCAACACCACAGAAGAGACAUCAUGAAAGUGAAAGUCACAGUAACAAUGUACAAAACCCUGCCACUUCAGAGAUUGACUGUAAUUCUCAGACAGCUAAAAAUCUUUUCCAAUGUGACACUUGUGGGAAAGCUUUUAAGUUUAAGUCCCGUUUGCAGAGACACCUGAUCACACACACAGGUGAACGGCGGUCUUACUUUAAGACUUUAAAAUGUGACACAUGUGGGAAAGCUUUUAACUUUCAGUCCAACUUGGACAUGCACCUGAGGACUCACUCGGGUGAGAAGCCAUACCUGUGCAACACCUGCGGAACAAGAUUCAGUCAGAAAUCCUCAUUGAACAUUCAUAUAAGGAUUCAUACAGGUGAGAGGCCCUAUUUGUGUAACACCUGCGGGAAAAGCUUCAGUCAGAUGUCAGCACUGAACACUCAUAAAAGAAUCCAUACAGGUGAGAGACCAUAUACAUGCAAAACUUGUGGGAAAGCUUUCAGACUUAGUAGUGACUUGACAGUCCACAUGAGAAUCCACACAGGGGAGAAACCAUAUACCUGCAUAACAUGUGGGAGAGCCUUCAGACUCAGUGGUGCCCUGACAGACCACAUGAGAAGAGCCCACAACGGCUGAGAGGCCGUAACUUUGCAAAAUCUGCAGGAAAAUUAACUUUUAUGUAUCUGAUUUGUUAAAGCAUACAAGAUCACAUACAAGCAUGCGGCCUUGUGUUUGCAAAAUAAUUAGGGGACAACUCAGUUGUAGUGGUUGAUGGUCAAAACCUACAAGAGCUCACAGAAGUGAGGAGCCACAUAAUUGCAGCACUUUGGGAAAAACCCAAAUCAAGCAGUUAAAAAACAGCUGGUCGGUGUACGCAUAACGUGAUUUUGACAAGAAGGACAUGCCCCUGGAUCAACAUCCCACAUCGCGUUCCAGGAUCAACAUUGCCUUCAACCAAUCACAGCUCUCUGACAUCAUCAUCGUGCCACUCCAUUGCUUCAUCAGAGCUAAGCUAGUUUUUCCAAAUUGAAGUUAGUACAAUUAAACAAAAACCUCAGUAAUGCUGAUAAAAAAAUCUUUAAAGCUACUACAGUGUUAGCGAGUUAGCUUGCUAGUAGGCAAAAAUAUUGUUCAUGAACAUUAAGAGUAAGGAUAAUGUCAUUUUGCAGUUGCAAAGACCUGUGAUGGACAAAUUUCCCCUCCUUUUUAAUAGCCUAGCCAAAGCCUAGUCGUCAUCAUCAUCAUUAUCCUGCCUAAUUUGAACAUCAUUGCCAUGUUGUUCCUAGAUAACUUAUGUUGAUCUUGACCAUCAUUGCCAUAUUGAUCCUGAAUAGAAUCACUGAUGUUGAUCCAGGACCAUUACUGCUGUGUUGAUGUCAACAUAAACAAAUUAUCCAGAAUCAGUGUGAUGAUGAUGAUGGUCCUGGACAAAGGAAUUUGCAGCUGCAAAAUGACAUUAUCCUUACUCUUAAUGUUAUUGAACAAUAUUCUAGGCUAUUGGCAAGCUUACUUGUUAGCAUAGUCAACCUAGUUAGCACGCUAACUAGCUAACCCUGCAGUAGCUUAAAAGGUUUUUGUUCAGUGUUACUGAGGAUUUUGGACAAUUGUACUAACUUCAAUUUGGAAAACUAGCUUAGCUCUAAAGAAGCACAAAGGAAUUUGUAAGAGGCACAGUAGCAGAACGCUGUGAUUGGUUGAUUGCAGUGUUGGUCCAGGAACACGAUGCGGGAUGUUGAUUUUUUGACUGAGAAACCUACUGAGCUGUAACUCCUGCAGAAAUGUGUUCACCAACUGAAUAAAGUACAAGUACACUUAUGCAAUAGCUACAGCUCUGUAACUGCAUGUUAUGUCAUUAUCUUAAUGUGAAGUAUGCCUUUGUGUGAUUGUAUAUUCCUGUUAGCAACAGUAUUUCUUUGACACAAUCAUAAUUUCCCAAAUCAAGGGCAAAUGUUUUCAUAAUGAGCGUAAUGUGGUUGUUAUUAAAAUUAUACUGAAAGUCCCCUAAGGCAGUGGAUCCCAACUGGUUCAGCCACGGGGUCCAGAUAUCUCCCUAGGCAUUAGUUUAGGGUCCACACAGUUUAAUACACUCAGUAUCAUACUUGCGUUUGGCCAUGUAGUAGUUUGCUGUCUCUGUCAAGUAACUGUCUGUUGGUUACGGCAC